AAAUAAUAUGCUUUUGUGCAUUCAGACUCCACAAUCCACAUAAAAAGAAAAACUCUUAUCUUCUAAACUAAACCAUGGCUCAGGCUUCUAUCAAGAACUUUCAGCUUCUGAGGUUAUUUAGACGAUCAUAUGCUGUUGGGGCGGAGAAGAUGAAGAUGCAAGCAGUGGCAUCAGAAGCUUUGAGGGUACAAGUUUUAGCACAUGAUAAGGAGAAGGAAGCAUUUUGGAUGAGAGAUCCAAAAACCGGAAACUGGAUUCCAGAAAAUCACUUUGGCGACAUUGAUGUUGCAGAGCUAAGGGAGAAGCUACUUUCCAGAAACACAAACGUCAAUAGGAAUUGAGUUGCCAGGAUUUAUUCAUGUGAUCAUCUGAAGCUCUUGUUGAUUUCUUUUUCUAUAGUUUCUUCGUCCAAUCUAGUCUUUUCAUUUUAUUCAAAACAUACUCAUGUUUCUCUUUUUGUCUAGACCCCCAUUGCAUCUUUUUGACCAUUUCCAAGUCCAGUUUUAGACGAAACAACCCUCUCUCUGUCUAUUUUCUUUCAUUUACGAAUUUGGAUAUUAUUAUACCUACCUCCAACUUCGUAGGAUGCCCUGCAAUGCCAAGACAUUAUGAGACAAAGACUGCAAGCCCUUCCCCUCGUCAGCCCACUCCAUUGCAACAAUACUCUUAAUUCAAAUAGAAUACACAUCACAUUUAUUUAUUGUCA